UUUAUAGAUUAACCUUUCUGCUAUACGUCCAGACGACCUGAUGAGCGCUUCAGUUCUGGUUUCUCUCUAAGCUUCAGAUUCUUCUGAACUCCAGUCAGCUGGACUGAAGCUGUUAAAGUCAUGGCUGUUUUAGGCCUUCUGCUCCAGUCCUACUCGGUCUCCCUGCUGGUGGUUCUGGUGAUUCUCCUGCUGACAUAUCUCCUGACUUCUCCCAGCUUCAUUGUCACCAAACACAGGAAGGAGCCACCAGGACCGACACCACUCCCGAUUCUCGGGAACCUUCUGCAGGUCGACCUGAAGAGGCCAUACCACACGCUGCUGGAGUUUUCCAAGAAGUAUGGAUCCGUCUUCACCGUCUACCUCGGACUCAAGAAGGUGGUGGUUCUGGCAGGAUACAAAACGGUGAAGGAGGCUCUCGUUGGCCGGGAGGAGGAGUUUGGAGACAGAGAUUUCUUACAGAUUGUUAAAGAAUUUACCAACGGACAUGGAGUUCUGUGGGCCAACGGAGACUCGUGGAGAGAAAUGAGACGUUUUACUUUGACCAACCUCCGAGACUUUGGGAUGGGGAGGAAGACAUGUGAAGACAAGAUCAUUGAGGAAUGUCAGUUCCUCAGUGAUGUGUUAAGUAAAUAUAAAGGAGAAGCUUUAGACACAAUGCUGCCUCUGAACUACGCCGUGUCCAACAUCAUCUGCUCCAUGGCCUACGGCUGCAGGUUUGAAUACGAUGAUCAAGAGUUUACGUCUUUGGUGGAUCGAACCAACACACACAUCCGUCUCACCGCAUCUCCUUCCAUCGUGGUUUACAAUUUGUACCCAUGGCUUUUUAAAUGGGUUUCCAAAAGGAAGGAAAUCCUGGGGCUCGUUGCCGCCAACAAGCAGCAGAACUUUGCCAUGUUCCGUCGGUUAAAGGAGACGCUGAACCCACAGAUGUGCAGAGGGAUCGUGGACGCUUUUCUGGUCCGCAAACAACAUCUGGAGGAAUCUGGGGUUAAAAACAGUCACUUCCACGAUGAAAACCUGUUAAUGACUAUCACGAACCUGUUCACUGCUGGAACAGAAACAACAUCCACCACACUGAGAUGGGCACUUCUCCUCAUGGCCAAGUAUCCAAAGACACAAGACCAGGUCCAGGAGGAGGUGAAGAGGGUUGUAGGAGACCGGCAGGUGCAGGUAGCUGACAGGAAGUUCUUGCCGUUCACUGAGGCCGUCAUCCACGAGACACAAAGACUGGUCAGCAUCCUCCCUGCUUCGCUUCCUCACAGAACCAACAAAGACUUCUACUUCCACGGUUACUUCAUCAAGAAGGUGAGACCUAAAGGAAAUUCAACUCAAUUAAUUUCAAAAAUACUUUAUUAA